GGUGGUGUGGUGGUGGUUAGGACUGGGUUAGAAUCCGGCUGAGGCGUUUUUGUGUCGAGUUUGCAUGUUCGCUCCGUGUCUCUGUGGGUCUCGGAUUCCUCCCACAGUCCAAACGCAAGGAUGUUAGGAUGACUGCUGAUUGUGAAGUACAAGUCUAGAGUGAGUGGUUGUCUGUCUCUCUGUGUUACCCUUGCGAUAAACUGGAGACGUGUCCAGGGUGUACCCCGCCUCUCGCUCUAUGACAGCUGGUAUAGGCUCCAGCCCGACCGCGACCCCCAAUUGCAUAACCGGAAGAGAAUGGAUAUUGUGAUUCAUUAGCUGCAAAAUGAUUAUGGAGCUCUGUGAAAAAGUCUUUUGAGUUUGAAGCAAAUUCACAAAUUGACAUCGGCAAUAGAUAAAUAAGUACAUAUACAAACAAUGAACUUUUUUCAUCUUUCUGGUGAUAAAUCCCAACCAUUUAUCUUUUAAACACUAAAAACAAAAGGAAAAACGAAGCAACAUCAAGCCAGAUGCUACAAACGACACAUAAACAUACCAAUCUGUUCAGUGGAAAAUAUUUCAUUUAAUUUUUUUCUUCAGAUCCAGCAGUCGUAGCUCACAUAAAAAUAAACCAAUCAAUCUUUUCUGGAUUUAAUCACAACAAAAAAACAAGAAUCCCCCAUUCGUUAAAAAGAUACGUAAAAAAGUUGGAAUAAUUUCGAGGUUUGGGGGAAAUUUAAAUGAAACAUCGUGUGCAACCUUUCACAAAACGUUCCCCGAGGAAAUAACAAUAUGCAGUAGCAAUCAAGUUUCACCCUAAAAGGCAGUAUAUGUAUAUUUUUAUGUUUUCACAUAUUAAGAACCACUCUCUUUUCAAAUAUCAACACCGCGUGUAUGUAAAACUAAAAGAAACGACCGAACAUGUGGCGGACUGGCUCUGGUUUAACAACGAAUGAAGGGGUUUAAAAGGAAAUUUUACAUAUUCUUGCAGUUUAGUGGAUUUGUCCUAUGGGUGUUUCCCUGUGCUGGUUAUUAGACGUUGUUUUAUUUACACCUGCAUUCCCUGCACAGGCUGUUUAUUGGUUGUCAGACCUCAGGUCAAACAGGCCUUGGACCAAGCAGGGAAACCAUCACCAAGGCAAUAAUCAGCUCUGUCCUUCUCCAGUUACGCACCGUGUCCAGUUACAUCUCCGCUGCUGUCUUGCUCUUGAAUCAGCUCGCCAGCUUUAAUUUUCUAUAUGCUUUGUUUUUUCGGUCCUGUGGUUAGCUUUACUGUGCUCGCUUUCCCUGGAGAGAAAAAUAAACCAAGACUGUAUUUUUGUGUGUGAUUCACGGCGUUCGCCGAGUUUAUUUUCACUUCUUGGGGGGAAAAAUAUGAGUGUUUGCUUAGCCACUGGCCUUUAACCUGUCCUGCCGGAUGGAAAGGCUUUUUAACUCAUCCAUCACACGCAAGUGCCCUCCAGAGUGCUGGAGGAGCGGGACGCGGGCAUAGAUGGAGGCUGAGGAGGCUGGGUAUUUAGAUUACCCCCAUCUAUCAACCAGGAACAUGUGGACAGAACAAAGUAGAAUUCAUAAGAGCUCCGCCAUGGCGAAUUUCUUUGUGCUGUAAAUCCCAUAAUAUUGACCUCAAGAGUCACUGGGUUUAUUGUUAUUUUUUACCGCUGCUUUUGCUUUUGCUAAUACUUUAUGGCACAUAAGACUUUUUUCUAGGCUGAUUUUAGUUUUUCAGGAGUCCGCUGCAAUCUUGAAACAAGCUAGAGCUUUAAGCACUUCAUUGAUAGACUAUCUCCCACUAAACCCUACCAGCUACCAACAGGUAGUCUCUUUCACUCAACCUUCGCAACCUGAAUAGUAAAGACCACCUGCUGGUCACGAGGUCCUCGAGUUCACCUCAUCAACGCCUUUUCUGCUUUCUUACACCAGAGUUUAGAUGCAGAUGAACUUUUGUUGUUUUCAAAUAUUGUGUUCAAACCAUUUAACCAUCUUGGAAUAUGAGUAAGCAGGUAGGCGAUGCUGGUGCCGUGCCCAAAAGCACUUCGGUAAGCUGCGGCGGUAAACUUGUUGACUGUGAUCCUCAGUAGGUCAAGGUGACGCAUUCAUAUUAGCUAGUCAAAUACUUAUGCCAUAGUAAUACAACAGUUACACACUGUGCACUAAAAAUGUAAAAAGUUCGUUGAUGAGUUUCGCUGUAUUCAAAUUUCUUGAGUGCAUUCAGUGUAGAUGUCUGUGAAAACACGUGCCACUCUCUCUGUGCAGAAAGGCUGAGCAAAUAUUGAUGAACACGGCAGGUGAUUUCUGAGAGCUAACACAAUUCUCUGCCAAAAAAAAAAAAAACCCUUCGGGGGCGUUUUGAACAAAACGAGGAUCUCGUGUCAAAAGUCAUAUGCUCAUACAAUGGCGGAAAGUCUUCGACCCUGGCGCCUGUGACAGUCUGACUGUCUGUCAGCCUGAGACGCUGAGGCCUGAUGUGCGACUCUACCUGAAGGAGGUAGCAGACUGGCCGAGCAAGCCAGCAGGUCAGCUGGUCUCAUAUCGCAGAUGUGGCCAAAUUAUACUGAUCUUUAAUCAUCUUAGAAAGAGAAAUCUGGAACUCUUUACAUUCAGUAAACUUGUGAUUUCUGGUCACUCAGAGGUGAUUUAACUCAAUAAAUUAUUAUUGCCCGUAAGUGUUUGUCAUAUUAUAACAAAACACCUACAGGCACAUCACAUUUAAAUAGAAAAUAUAUUUAUCUCAAAUACAAACUCAAACUUUCAAAUAAGAAAUGUGAUUUAUACACUCUGUGCGUCUAAUGACUCAAACCCUAAUGCUAAAUGGAGACUUUUGCCCACAGAUUCCAGUUACACGAGUAAAGGCCUUUACAUUUUGCUUUAAUGUAAAGGGUUACUCAUAGUGGUCUGAAACAGACGCUUUUUACGCUGGCCUUCUUUUCUUUUACAUUAUUUUCAGCUUUCAUGCGCAAUUUGGUUAGGGAACGAAAUACUUGGUUUGGUGGAUGAAAAGCUCAUGGUUUGGGUUAAAACAGAGACUUCUUGGCGAGUCUGUGGCAGAAUGCCUGCAGAGCUUUUCUCAUGCAAAAGUUACAUGGAAUCUAUUUCUGCCAUCCUAUAAAAGAGCCCCGCGCUUGGGUAAAACUUUAAAUAUUAUCUAACCUGCAUAUGUGCAUUCCUCAAAGAAAGACAAGAAAAUAGCCAGUGCGACACAGACUACGAUCAGCAACUCAGCUCUUCAGUUUUGCACACAGACACAUUACAGUUCACUUAGCUCUAAAGCACCACGAGUACUGCGCAUACCUGAAUGUCAGAUUAUAAUCCCUGUAGCAUCUAAUUUAAUCUUACUUGUUUUCCAUCUUUAGCGGGAUGGGGUUGGUUUGAAUUAGCACUGCUAAUGGAUACAAAGACGUUAUGUUCUGGUGAUGUUGGGGCUCCUUUAUCAAGCCACUGCUUGUUGCUGUUUGCGCGUCAGAGCCAACAAAACGCACAAAAGUCAAAUGUGUCAUCAUUCGCAGCGGUCCAUUUGUCACAUUGCGGUUGUCACUGAAAGGCUGGGAUCUAUAGCGGUUGGAUUCUGAGUGCAUGUUGUUGGAGUUUAAAUAUAUUAUAUCAGUAAUGUCUGAAGUGGUGAGGUGGUGGCUGUUUAGGCAAAGUGCAGGGCAGACCGAUCUGCUGCUGCUGAUAGAUUACUUAUUUUUUGACUGAUGUGGUUCAAACGAUGUGGUGCACAAAAAAACAGCACGGACAAACACAUCCUGUUAAAUAAUGAGAGAUGUAAUGUUCCGUGUAUUACUCCCGAUUGUCUCUUUGUGAAUGAGCGAGCUGACAGAGCGACUCUUGUCAGGUUACAGCGCUCGUAUUCACGCACACAACGAGCCUGAUAUCAUCGAGCACUUUUCAUACUGGAGACACAGUAACUGGGCAGGACCGUGUUGGAUGGCAAAUGUUUAUUCAGCUCGGUACAUAUCCGAGAUAUACAUUGUGUGGCCGAGCGUGUGUGUAUAAGCGCGCCCAGCUGCAUUGCUCUGGACACAUUUCAAACAUGCCUGCGCGAAUAAAAGGCCCCUUUUUUACUCCUGAAAGCAAAGCUUCGCUUUGUGCGCUCUCGAUAAUUGACAAAGCGUACACUGCAAAAAAAUAAUAAAAUGAAAUAAAAUACAAAGUAAUAACAAUAACUAGCCUUAAGACUAACAAAUGAGCAGACAGCCACCGUGGCAGGUUUUUUGUUAGGAGUGUUUAGCAGAUGAGUCACCUCUUAUAGUUUCGCUCCACUCACACUGGAAGAAAUUUCCUGAUCUAAAUGCGACAUAAACGUCUAAUAAAUCUAAAAUUAAUUAAAUGCACCUUUUCACUUUUUUAAGCGCGACGUCAGACUUUGUCUUGUCUGGGUGGGUAUUUUCUUGCAGCGGUCACGUUUAGUGGGUGGGACUUGUUUUGGGGAGGUUUAACGCAGCUAAUGGGUGGGUCUGAUGUGAGGGUUGGAGAGCCGGAGCUUGUUCUCAGUCACAGCGGGUGGAAGCUUUUCCUUGCUGCGGAUAGAAGGAGAGCGCACAGGGCUGUCACUGCUUCAGAGGAGGGGAACGGGGCCGUGUGAUUUUUUUUUGUCCUUUCUUUCUUCUAUUCUCUCGAAGCACGUUUUGCGUGGAAGAACAAACGAACCUGCAUGGUUAAAUCUCCCAUGUCGUGGUGGGAUGAAUUUGGACAGAAUUGCAGAGGCAGUGAGAGCACCGCCGCCCCGCGACGUGGCCCCCGCGUUUCAUUUACAGAGAACUUCAAACAGCAGUCGAGAAACUGUAGAGAACUCAAGCAGCGAGUCUUCAGACACAGAGUUGGCAGAAAAGGAAAGAAACGCUGAACACAGGAGCGAUGACGGAAACGCGGACGACCCCAAGAAGAAAAAACAGCGGCGGCAGCGGACUCACUUCACCAGCCAGCAGCUGCAAGAGCUGGAAGCCACGUUCCAGAGGAAUCGCUACCCUGACAUGAGCACCAGGGAGGAGAUCGCGGUAUGGACCAACCUGACCGAGGCGAGAGUCCGGGUGUGGUUCAAAAACCGCCGGGCUAAGUGGAGGAAGCGGGAGCGGAAUCAGCAGAUGGACCUUUGCAAGAACAGCUACCUGCCCCAGUUCAGCGGUCUCAUGCAGCCUUACGACGACAUGUACCCGGCUUAUACCUACAACAACUGGACCAACAAGGGUCUCACUCCGGCACCGCUGUCCACCAAGAACUUCACCUUCUUCAACUCCAUGAGUCCCCUCACCUCGCAGUCCAUGUUCUCGGCCCCCAACUCCAUCUCCUCCAUGACCAUGGCCUCCGGGAUGGGCCACUCCGCGGUGCCCGGCAUGCCCACGCCAGGUCUUAACAACAUCAGCAACCUGAAUGGGAUCGGGACAUCCGGCAUCAACUCAGCUAUGUCAUCAUCGGCUUGUCCUUACGGGCCUCCCGGCUCACCGUACAGCGUUUACCGGGACACUUGCAACUCCAGCUUGGCCUCUCUCAGACUUAAAUCCAAACAGCAUCCAACAUUUGGAUACAGCGGCCUGCAGAGCCCGGGCUCCAGCCUGAACGCCUGUCAAUACAACAGCUGACGGGCCAAAAGGGGGGCCUUAAAAAUACAAAUAUAUAUAUAUAUAUAUAUAUAUAAAUAUGUGAUAAGCGGACACGGUGUCAUAGCUUAUGGGCUACCUGCGGAUCAGGGGAGGGGGGGUAUCAAAGACGACUAAACUGGAUUAGUUGCAAUCAUUUUUUUUUUCGAAAAAGAAAAUGAAAAAGAAAACGUGGAUAAUGCGGGUUACAUGUGUUUACCAGUGAACUUGCACAGCAGUUUAAAUGUCCAGGUUUUUUGGAUUUUUUUUUUUAAAUGAUGAAGACGUGUUACAUGGCUGCACUGUACAUAUCUAAAUGUAAAUAUAUACAGGUCUAACAUGUGAAACAGACGGUGGGAUUUUUUUUUUCUUUUUUGUGCUUGCUUACUCUUGAAGACUGACUCGACCAAAGCGAGGAUUUGCAUCAAAAUAAUAAUAAUAACAAAAAAAAAAUCGAGCAUGUAACGAAUCAAUGAGAAAACAGAAGAAAAUCCGGCCUUUACUGUACAUACUUUAUACUGCUUCUGUGUGCUUUCUAUUUACCGCAUAUGCAGGGUGACUCCACGACGCCUCCCGUUUGAAAUGCUUUUGAUUUUGUUUGCUCCAAUAGAAAAAAAAGAGAGAGUGAGUGAGACCCUGCAUGUUUAACUUGAGUGCAACGUGUUUUGUACAAUAAUGUAAGACUUUGCAGAAGUACGUUCAUUAGCCUAAACUGUAUACAAAAGGUGAUUCAAAGUCCUCAUGUGUUUAUGGUAACAUGUUUGUUUGAAUAAACUCCAGGAAAAGAGAGGUUUAUUUCAA